UUGGUUGAUAAAGUGAGGAGAAGAAUCUCGGGACAGCAAGAUGUCCGCGCACAUUUGAAAAACUGAUGUAGCUAGGUAUAUUUUUAUUUUAUGUGUUGCUUUAAGGUGUUUUUAUGUUGACAAUACUGACUAAGUGGUACUCCAGGAAGAGUCAUAUAAAGAAAAGACAAGGACUCCAAGACAAGAGCCAGACUAUUCCUUAUUAUCAGUUUCCAGACCUGAGCAUCCCUUCAGUCUGGUGAACACUCUGCCUCAUCACUGGUCUCAUUGGAUUUUCGAAGUAUUUCACAGCAUUCUACAGAAAUAAUGCUGAUAUCUGGAACUCAUGUCGAACGUCUAUGAAGAGAGAGCCACAAUGAUAGCCGCAGGGGAAUUGCAGUCGUUUGGCCCGUUUGGCCGUGAGCACUGCAAGAACCACCCAAACGCUGUGAACCUGCAGCUCCGGCAGUUGCAGCCAGCCUCUGAGCUCUGGUCCUCAGAUGGAGCAGCCGGUCUGGUGGGCUCUCUCCAGGAGGUCACUCUGCAGGAGAAGAAGAGGGAAUGCUGGUUGCUGAGAAAGGGUUCCAGUGUGGACAGUGAUGAGAUGGAGUAUGAUGAGGAGCUCUAUGCAGCAGGAAACAUGGUCAUAUGGAGCAAAGGGAGCAAGAGUCAAGCCUCCCACGUCUACAAAGCUUUUACCGUGGACAGUCCAGUACAACAGGCAUUAUGGUGUAACUUUGGUAUUCCACAAAAUAAGAAAGAUGAGCAGGAGAUUUUGGAGCAGACAGUGUGUAUUGUCCAGAGCAGCUGUGUGAAUGUGCACAGUGUGACAGGGAAGGACUUUAUCUCCCCUCUACCCUUUCAGGUCUCUAAUCUGUGGCCUACUAAGUUUGGUCUGCUGUUAGAACGCAAAAACUCUGCACCCGAUGCUUCUCAGAGUCCUCCCAGGGAACCUCUUCCCACAGUAUUCAGCAUGCUGCACCCUCUGGAUGAGAUUGCCCCAGUGGUGUGCAGGCCUACAGGUCUGUUCGAGGCUGCACGUGUGCAGUACGUCUCUGACAGCACCAUGAAAAUCGUCUUCUCCAACUGCGAGCCCUCCAUAGUCAUGACAUACGACACCGUGCAGUGCAUACACUCUGUGUGGGCGCUGCGCAAAGUCACUCCAGAUGAGCAGUCCACAGUGCUGAAGUGUCCGGAGCAGGUAGACACGCCCCAAGGCCUGAUGCCGCCCAGCUUUCUGACCACACACCUGAGGAACGUCUCCAGGAUGGACUCGCCCGGUUCACCCUUUCAUUGCCACGCCCUGCACAACCAAAACAGGAUGACCUCAUCACCAGGCCUCCACUCACGGACACACUCACCCAAUAUCUCCAGCAUGGCUGCACUCAGCCGGUCCCACUCCCCUGGCAUGGCGGCACCCUCCUUUUCGGUCGCGGCACGGUUUAACAUGUCGUACCACUCAUCGUCACCCAGAGGGCACAGUUUCCUGCCCUCGCCCAACAGCACGGCCAAUGAGUCUGUGCUGGUCCCGGAGAUGGAGCCCAUAGUGCCUGACCUAUGCAUUGAGCAGCUGUGGAGUGAGACGGCUUCCUCCCACAGGGAGAUGAGCUGCCAGGCCUCUAAGGUGUUCAUCACCUCUGACUUGUGUGAGAACAAGUACCUGUGCUUCCUCGUGGAGUCCCACCAACAGCUCAGAUGUGUAAAAUUCAUUGAGAGCAACAAUCCUUCCCAGCUUAUCUUUGCAUCUGUUGCCACUAUCCCUGCAAAAGACGCAGCACCAUUGCAGGAUAUAGAUGCCAUGCUAGUUCUGGAAGCCAAUGGAAGCUUGGUUCUGUACACUGGAGUGACGAGGGUGAGCAAGGUGUUUGUUCCUGGCCUCCUGUCUCCCACCUUCAGCCUGUCCAACCACGUAACCCACCUGAGUACCCCCAUGGACAGUGUGAGCACUCCCGCCAAGGCCACAGGGAGACACAUAGGAAGACUAGAGGAGGUGGCCAUGCCCUCCCCUGUAUCAGAGCUGAGGGGCUUCACCAAGCACCACGAGACCUCCUGGCUUGGCGACUACACCUUUCAACAGUCUGUACCCUACAUCCACGCCCUCAGAGACCCCGUCAGCAGCAGAGUCACCCUGGAGCUAAGCAACGGCACAAUGCUGAGGAUAACUAUCCCUGAAAUUGCUACCUCAGAGCUGGUGAGGAAGUGCCUCCAGGCGGUGCGCUUCAUCCUGCCCAAGGAAACGGCCAUGAAGGUGCUGAUAAAGUGGUACAACAUCUACAACGCCCCCGGGGGGCCCAGCGCACACCUGGAGUGGAACCUGUUUGUCACCUGCUUCAUGACUCUCAUGGGCUACAACACAGAGCGGCUGGGCUGGACACGCAACCUCCAUUUUGAAGUGUCCCUCUCUCCUGUGAUCGCACCAAAGAAGGCCCGGCCUUCGGACACAGGGUCUGAUGAGGACUGGGACUACAUGUGGUGCUCAGACUACCACAGACAGGUGGUGUUCAGGCAUGCGUGUGGUGCUGUGAGUCUGGAGUCCACCGACACCUCUGGCUGUGAAGAGUCUCUGUCUUCCACCCCUGCCCUGCGUCUGGACCCCUCUGCCCCACUCUUCCCCCACAUCCCAGCCCUGUUCUACGUGCUGCACUUGCUCUAUGAGGAGCUGAAGCUGGACGAGCUGCAGAGGAGCGGGGGGCGAUCACUGGUGGGCCUUCUGCAACAGCUGGCCAGGGAUCUGCAGCUGGAGGAGUAUAUCGAUCUGUACUGGCGAGAUUACCCCUCAUUCAUCACCACGUUCAAGGAGUCCUGCAUCAUAGAUCAGGCCCAGAUGGAGCAGAUGCUGCGUCCGUCCUUCCUGAGGGCGGAGCCUCCGUGCGUGUUCAGCUGGCUCAGCAGCUGUCUGAGGGGUGAGGAGGUAGCACCCUUCCCCUACCUGCCCGGCAUCUGUGAGAGAACCAAACUACUGGUGCUGAGCUACGCCCUGUACAUCAUUGGAGAUGACAACGCCACUUCAAUUGAUGUGUCCAAGUAUCUGGCCAAGCUCUCUGCAGGCCAGAAGAAGACUGUCAUUGAAUCAGCUUUGAGGAGACCGAGCUGUAUGAAGCCUGAUGCUCCAAAUGAAAGUUUGGCUGUAACGCUUGUGGUUUGGCUAACAUCAGAAGGUUUCACAUUGAAAGACCUGGAAUCUGUGCCCUUUGGUGUGGCUCUGCCCAUCAGAGAUGCUAUCUACCAGUGUCGAGAGCAACCCUGCUCUGACUGGUCAGAGGACGUCUGCCUAUUGAUUGGGCGACAGGAUCUCACCAAACAAGCACACAAAGUGACCGUGGCCAAAGGCAAAGCUGUAAGUACGGUGGGUCUGGGGCUGAUGCUGGAGGCUCCAGCCACCACAGAGGCAGAGGAGGAGGAGGAUGGUAUGACAGAUCUGAACCAGGACGUAAUUGGUCUUAUCUGGAGCCAGGACCUGCGCGUCCAUGAGGCCAGACGUCUACUCCAGAGCUCCCGACCAGUCAGGGUCAGUGUGGUCCACCUGCCCGAGGUCAGCGACCACGAGUACAUAGAGGAGAAGGAGAACAAACUGUUGCAGCUUUGCCAGCGUACCAUGGCUCUGCCAGUUGGCAGAGGCCUGUUUACCCUCUUCUCCUACCACCCUGUUCCAACGGAGCCCCUACCAGUGCCCAAACUCAACCUUACUGGUCGUGCGCCACCUCAGAACACCAUGGUAGAUCUGAACAGCGGGAACAUUGACGUUCCUCCCAACAUGACGAGCUGGUCCAGCUUUCACAAUGGGGUGGCUGCGGGCCUGAAAAUCGCUCCGGCCUCCCAGGUGGACUCUGCCUGGAUCGCCUACAACAAACCCAAGAGCCCCGAGCUGGCCAACGAGUAUGCAGGAUUCCUCAUGGCUCUGGGCCUCAACGGACACCUCACCAAGCUGGCCACACUCAACAUACAUGACUACUUAACCAAGGGCCACGAGAUGACAAGCAUCGGGCUGCUCCUGGGUGUGUCUGCAGCCAAGCUGAGCACCAUGGACAUGUCAAUCACCCGCCUGCUGAGCAUCCACAUUCCCGCACUGCUCCCGCCCACCUCCACUGAGCUGGAUGUACCGCACAACGUUCAGGUUGCGGCCGUGGUGGGCAUCGGCCUGGUCUACCAGGGCACAGGACACCGCCACAACGCGGAGGUGCUGCUCGCUGAGAUCGGUCGACCCCCUGGUCCUGAGAUGGAGUACUGUACAGACCGCGAGUCCUACUCCCUUGCCGCUGGGCUGGCCCUGGGCAUGGUCUGUCUGGGGCAUGGCAGUAACCUAAUAGGUAUGUCUGACCUGAAUGUCCCUGAGCAGCUCUACCAGUACAUGGUGGGGGGGCAUCGACGCACCCAUGCCGGCAUCAACAGAGAAAAACACAAGUCCCCCAGCUACCAGAUCAAGGAGGGUGACACCAUCAACGUGGACGUCACCUGUCCUGGAGCGACCCUAGCCCUGGCCAUGAUCUACCUAAAAACCAACAACAGGUCUAUCGCUGAUUGGCUGAAAGCUCCAGACACCAUGUUCCUCCUGGACUUCAUCAAACCAGAGUUUCUGCUUCUCAGGACACUGGCCAGGUGUAUCAUCAUGUGGGAUGAGAUUCUACCCAACUCGGAGUGGGUGAGCAGCAAUGUGCCUCAGAUAAUCCAAGAGAACAUUGGGAACCCAGUGGUUUCAGAGGAUUUGAACAUGGAAACUUUAGCCCAAGCCCAUGACUACAUAAUCGCUGGAGCAUGCAUGGCGGUGGGAUUUCGCUUCGCUGGCUCGGCCAACUCAGACGCAUUCGACUGCUUGUACAAGUUUGCAAGGAGUUUCAUGCAGUGUUUGACAUCAGCGACAGCGACGGUUACGGGCCACUAUAACCUGCAGACAUGUCUGAGCAUGGUGCUGCUGGCCCUGUCCAUGGUGAUGGCUGGCUCCGGUAACCUGAAGGUGCUGCAGCUCUGCCGCUUCCUCCACAAGAGGACCAGUGGAGAGAUGAACUAUGGCUUCCACAUGGCCCACCACAUGGCCCUGGGCCUGCUCUUCCUGGGAGGAGGGAGGUACACUCUCAGCACCUCCAACUCGGCCAUCGCUGCCUUGCUUUGUGCUCUCUACCCCCAUUUCCCUGCCCACAGCACAGACAACCGGUACCACCUGCAGGCUUUGCGUCACCUGGGUGUCCUGGCGGCUGAGCCUCGUUUGCUGGUCCCAGUCGAUGUGGACACACUGAAACCCUGCUACGCCCUGCUGGACGUCACAUACAAGGAGACUCCAUGGUAUGAGGAGACUACAGUGGAACUGAUGGCGCCCACCAUGUUGCCUGAGCUGCAGCUCCUCAAAAAGGUGAAAGUAAAAGGACCAAGAUACUGGGAGCUGUCCAUAGACAUGAGUAAAGGGACUCAACAUCUAGAGUCCAUUCUUUCCAGAGAUGGGGUUCUGUAUGUGAAGCUGCGAGCGGGGCAGCUGCCCUAUAAGGACGACCCUCGGGGUUGGAAGAGUCUAUUAGCCCCCAACGUCAAUAACAGGAACUCAGAAGUCCGCACAUUCAAGCCCGAGGCCAUCUCAACCUUCACCUCCGACGCUGCCUUGGUCUCCUUUGCUGAAUACUUUUGUAAAGCCUCGGAUAGCGUGAAACAUAAACAGGACACUUUGGCUUUAUUCUCUGCCAUUCUAUAUGAGUGUGUCACUCAGGAGAACCCUGAGAUGCUGCCGACAUACAUCGCUAUUGAUCAGGCGGUACGGACCCUGGAGCAGACGGAGAUGUGUGAGACGUUUGCUCUGUGGCAGAUGAGACUGGUGUUGGAGCUGUGUGAGAGCAGGGUGCUGCAGCAUAGACUGAGGGAGGGGGCACAGGGCAGGGGGCUGCUGCUCAGCUCUGAGUUCCUGCCUGUCAUGAAAAACUCUGCUGAUGGCACCCUGGACCGCUGGCUCACUGAUAACAGCCAUGUAUUGAGGUCAUACAUGAGUGGCCAAUCCCUUACUGAGGACAUGCUGUCCAACAUGCUGGCGUGCUUCCUGGUUUACCACUCCAUCCCCUGCCUCAGUAAGAUGUCUGCCACACACCUGGAAGGAAGUACAUCGUUCCCUGAGCUCCUGUUGAAGUUCAGUCAGCUGGGCAUACCUGUACGCGCUCUGCUGCGUUUGGGCCCUCUGCUCCUAGGGACUGCAGGCUUCUGGACCGGACAACUGGCCUGUUGAUAUUACCCUGAACUUUGACCGCUAACCUUGGUCUCUGACUUUACCCUGGUCUUGACCCACAAGGGUCACUCUGCAAUGCUUGUUGCAGCUCGCAAGAAAUGGAUAUGAUAUAACAUUUCAUUGUAAAGGCUUUCUUGAUACAGAUUGUAUGUCAAAUGUUUGUACUGUACUUGUUUGUUUUCAAUAUAUAAUAAUACAGUAAAUAAAAUGUGAUUUGAGACUAAUGUAAAAGUGUAAGUGACAAGAAUUUACAGUGAAUGUAUUUAAAACUGUUAACUAACAUGGAUGUGGACGACCAAGAACUUUAAGCAUUGUAAAUGUUAUUUUGGCCAACUCUGUGUGGUUGCAGUAUUGCCAUUUUCUAUUUUCCAUUACAAGAGCCAUUUCGGCACCGGAUAUAGUCUAGACUUACCUUGAAUUAUCAGAAAAGUUGUUCUGGAAAAGUUGUUCAGAUAUUAGUUCAGUCUCUGCAGUAUGUGUUGGGAAGUAGUGCGUGGGCUGUGGUGCAACAGAAUGCAUUGGCCAGAGCUGUGAUCUAACAACAUAACUGCUCUGGGAACAUUCCACAGUAUAAUGGAAAACAUCCUGCAACAAAUACCACACCCGCCUCACCCCACACAAAUCUCUGUUUUCUUUUGGCUUUGUACAGUGCAUUCGGAAAGUAUUCAGACCCCUUCCAUGCAGUAAAUAACUUUUGCCUCAUGUAAAUUAGGUAUUUGUUUUUUGUUUGUAAUAAAUGUGCAAACAUUUCUUAACCUA